ACUAAGGUCUAAGAGUGCUGAAUAAAUUGUAAACACAGUUUUUUUUUUUUCUCUGUAGGAUAGUUGUACACUUUCUGCAGGAAAAUGGCGACGAAAGCCGGCAUCGCCCAGUCUAGUUUGGUAGAAGGUGUUAGUGAGCAGGAGUUGAAAUCCUUGCAUGCUUUAUUCACAAAAUUGGAUUUAAACCAUGAUGGUAAAAUCGACAUGAAUGAUUUGAUCGACGCGAUGACAACGAUGCAAUUACCCCAGGUUCCUGGCCAUGCUAAGGCAUUUUUCGAAAAGUAUGACCAAGAUUCUGACGGGGAGAUAAACUUUGAUGAGUUUGUACUGUACGUGAAGGAACAUGAGAAGGAGUUAUUGUCCUUCUUUCAGAAUGUUGACACCAAUAAAGAUGGCUAUGUGGAUGCAAGUGAAAUUGUGGAAUCAUUUAAAAAGGUCGGAGUUCAGAUUGGAAAGAAAGAAGCAGAAAAGUUAUUGAAAAGAAUGGACAAAGAUGGCACCCUGAAGAUAGACUGGGAUGAGUGGAGACACUAUCUGAUCCUUACUCCUACAGAGAGUAUCCAUGACAUACUGCAUUAUUGGAGGCACUCUUCUAUUAUUGACAUUGGUGAAAAUGGUCUCGUACCAGAUGAUUUCACUGAAACCGAGCUCAAAACUGGCAUGUGGUGGCGCCACCUUGUUGCAGGUGGUGCUGCUGGUGCUGUCUCUAGAACAGCCACAGCUCCACUGGACAGACUAAAAGUUUUGUUACAGGUUCACGGUUCAAGUAAAAACAAUUUAACCAUUAGAUCUGGCUUCAAACAGAUGCUGGAAGAAGGUGGUAUCCAAUCUUUGUGGAGAGGAAAUGGCAUCAAUGUGAUCAAAAUAGCUCCAGAGUCUGCCAUCAAGUUCAUGGCCUAUGAACAGAUCAAAAGUUUAUUUAAAGGAGAAUCUAACAGAGAGAUUGGUGUUAUAGACAGACUGUUGGCUGGUUCAGCAGCUGGGGCUAUAUCUCAAACUUUAAUUUACCCAAUGGAGGUAUUAAAAACAAGGUUAGCAUUGAGGAAGACUGGCCAGUACAGUGGGAUAUUUGACUGUGCAAGGAAAGUUGCCAAGCAUGAAGGCUUUGGAAGCUUUUAUAGAGGCUAUAUCCCCAACUUGCUAGGAAUUAUCCCAUAUGCUGGAAUAGAUCUGGCAGUUUAUGAGACAUUAAAAAAGUUGUACAUGUCCAAGAACAAAGGUCAAGAUCCUGGUAUAUUAGCUUUGUUAGCUUGUGGCACCAUCAGUAGUACAUGUGGUCAACUGGCAAGUUAUCCUCUUGCUUUAGUCAGGACAAGAUUGCAAGCACAAGCUCAAUCAGGCUCUUCUAAGAAAGACACAAUGACAGGGCAGAUCAAGUAUAUAUUAAAGCAUGAUGGUCCCAAGGGCCUGUAUCGUGGCAUUGCUCCAAACUUUCUGAAGGUGGCCCCAGCAGUCAGUAUAAGUUAUGUUGUCUAUGAACAAGUGCGUAGUCUGAUGGGCAUUAAGAAUUCAUAAUUGUCCAGUGUAUCUGACCUUUUUUUUUUUUUAUUCUUGGUGUACCAUAUAUUUAACCCUAUUUGUAUACUUCAACCUUGUAGAGAUCUUUAGUCCAUCUGCACUCUUAAACUAUUCUGUGGCCAUAUUGCUGGCAUUGUAUUUAAUGAUCUCAUUCUAAGGUCCAAUGACAUGUUGACCAGGUGGAUAAAUACAUUUCGCAUGGGGUUGUUUGCCCUACUUUCUGUUUAUCUGCCUGGGAGUGACAUCUGGGCUACAACAAAUGCUUUUAACUAGAUGACUUCACAGCAACUUUGAAUAUGUUUUCAACCUAAAAUGUGUUUGCUUUAUCCAAUGUGAGCUUUUUUUUUCCCUAGUAAAUUGAUAAAGAUUAUAAUGUAAUAAAUCUAUUAUCAUUAGUUUCGUAUAAAACAUUUAUGCAUAAAAAAAUGUUAAUGUUUGUAUAUUACUUUGUUACAGAGACCAUUAAGGAACCCUGUAAAUGAGAGAUUAAUAAUGAUAGAUUAUAAAUAAUGAUAAGAUUAAUAAUGAUAGAUUAUAAAUAAUGAUGAUUUGAAUGAAGUCUUGUUGAAGACAUUGAACUAAGUUUCUUGUUUUGUACCUGCUAAAUGUUGUUACCUAUUGUCUGAUUGAUUUGUUGAGAUUCACACGAUCUUACCUGACUUCACUAACAUCUUUCACUUUAUUUGGUUGUGUAUUAUCUCAAUACAAGUUUGUGGUUAUGUACUACUGGGCUGAUAACAAUAUCUAGACAUUGAAAAUGUCUGAUAGAACUAAGUGUGGUUGUUAUAUUAAAAAAAAAAAAAAUUAAACAAAUCUUCAUUUGUCUUGGCUGAACCCACUUAUUAGCUCAUUUCUUUCUACUAGCAGUCUCAUAGCCAUGAAAUCUCAGGGCCUUGUGCUCCACUCGAUGAAGUCUUGAGAACCAUGUAGCUCAUUCAACAUUUGUAUGUCAUCUAGAUUUAAUCUAUUCAUUUGUAAGGCUCUUGUUAAUCUUUUAUCUAAAGACUAAAUGAUGAGCCUGCUCUGCCAACUGACUGGUUUAGUCUUUCUCCAUACCGUGAUAUAUGUGUGUGUUUAUAUAGGCCUACAUUACAUACAGGUUCAAAGGAUCCCAUUUCAGACCUGAAGGUUUGCAAUGUGUAUGUUGUGUAAAGUCUCUGAUAAAAAAAAAUUUUGACUGGAAAUUAUAUUGUUUUUAUUAUGUUUCAUCGAAAUUUAACUACUUUUAUGAUCUGUUUAAAACUGUUUAAUUUAACCUGACGUAAUUACAUAUGAGGUCAAUUUUGUGUACAUCUUUACUUGAUUUAAUUGAUGACUACCAAAUGUAUUUCACUUUGUCUACAUUAAAAGAUAUCUGUAAACACUGA